UGAUCCGCUUAAUUUUCCAUCUCCAUUCUCCACGUAGUAGCGUACCACAAUUUAUGUUCCCAAUUUUCUCCUACUAGCACGUCCUGACAGACCACAGUAGACCAGGUCAAUACACUGUUCAUUUACCCCACUCCUCUCUCCGUCUUAUGGUUGAGAAGUUUGAGUCCAACUGAAGUUUGUUUGGUUUUCGGAGAUGCAAUCUCAUCUGCAAGCUAAGUAACUGUGUUUGUUGCAGAGUUUUUUUUUUUCAAUAAAAACAUAUGACUGAUCAGACGAGAGGACAAUCGGGUAACGACCUACUUAUGCCGUUCCGGGUUAUCUUCCCAAAGGAUAAGAAGUGUGAUCGCUUUACGACAUCCUUAAAGGUUGUUUCGCUGUUCCUUUUCCUUGUUUCCAUAUCCUUGGUUCUUUACUCGUCAUUUGUUAGACAUGACUUAUGGUUUCGCUCCGAGACGAGUAAAUGCUUCAACCCGGCCGCUUGCGACUACAAUUCCGCAGCCACCCAUGAUUCUCUAUCGCCAACCAACAUCUCGCAUAUCGUCUUCGGAGUAGGCGGGUCAGCUCGGACCUGGAAGGACCGGAAACACUAUUCGCAGCUCUGGUGGAAACCAAACAUCACUCGCGGGUUCGUUUGGCUCGACGAAGAACCGGACACGAAUUCAACAUGGCCAGAUGCUUCGCCGCCUUACCGAGUUUCAUCUGACUGGAAGAAAUUCAAGUUCACGAGCUCGCAGUCUGCAGUCAGAAUCUCCCGGGUGAUUGUGGACUCAUUCCAGGUCGGGUUACCAAACGCGAGGUGGUUCGUGAUGGGAGAUGAUGAUACCGUUUUUUUUACGGACAACUUAGUCACAGUGUUAGCAAAGUACGACCACCGGCAGAUGUACUACAUUGGGGGGAACUCGGAGAGCGUGGAACAGGAUGUGAUGCACGCCUACGACAUGGCGUUCGGCGGCGGGGGUUUUGCCAUUAGCUACCCGCUAGCGGCGGAGCUAGUGCGGAUAAUGGAUGGGUGCCUCAGCCGGUAUUUCAACUUCUACGGGUCGGAUCAGCGAGUGUGGGCCUGUGUGGGCGAGCUAGGCAUCUCCCUUACAAGAGAACGUGGGUUCCACCAGUUUGACAUUAGAUAUGAUCCUUUUGGUCUACUGGCAGCUCAUCCAAUGGCACCACUUGUAUCUCUCCACCACCUUGACUAUGUACAACCGUUGUUUCCUAACCAAAGCCAGCUAGAAUCCUUAAAAAUACUAACCACAGCCUACAAGUUUGAUCCUGGCCGAACAAUGCAGCAGUGCUUCUGUUAUUAUCACAAGUAUAAAUGGUCCAUAUCUGUUUCCUGGGCCUAUGCAGUGCAGAUAUACCCUUGGCUUUUGUCAGCCAAGGAUUUGGAAACACCCUUGCAGACAUUCCGAACUUGGCGGAGUUGGAGCAAUGGGCCUUUUACAUUCAAUACCAGGCCUACGAGUUCUGAACCUUGUGAACAACCAGUAAUAUUUUACUUAGACUCAAUUAAAGUGGACGGAAAGGGCAAGACAGUAGUAACUACUUACAAGAAAUCUCCAAUAAAACAAGAGAAGUGUAGUCAGGUGAACUAUGCCCGUGCAUUUGCCAUUGAAAAGAUUGUAGUCUCCUCACUGAAGAUGGAUCCUCGCAAGUGGGAAAAGGUAACUCGAAGACAAUGUUGUGAGGCCAGUAAAGGUUUUUGGAGUAACACAGUGAUGGUAAAGAUAAGAAACUGUAAUCAUCGAGAGACUAUUACAAUGUAAGCAUAGUAUCUCACCCUUCUAGCCGCCUUGUGUAUAUAUUAUAGCCUUACCAUGAUACUUUGAGAAUCCGGUUGUAAUUUUUAAUUUGUCAGUACUUCGUAGAGUUGUGAUUUGAAUAUAUAUCUGUUUGAGAAAAGAGUUUUAAGUUGAUGUA